AUGGGCUCCCACGUAAUCAACGCCCCCGACGGCGUCGACUACUGGAAUGCCACGGCCGGUGCCGACCUGGCCCGCAUGAUGCGUCUGGCCGGCACCCCGGAGAAGACCCAAGCCGGCUUCAACCACUUCUUCGCGACCCAGCUAGCCCCGGCCCUCGGCGGCAAGCCCGACGGCUCCGGCACGCAAAAGGGCAGCGUGGUCGGCUGGGACGGCAGUCCCUUCGAGUACAGCUUCGAGUUCAAGGAAUCCACCAAGACCGCCGAUGUCCGCUUUGUCGCCGACGUGACCAAGCACCGGCCCCUGGACGCCGAGCGCCCGCUCAGCACCGCCCACGGCCGUGCCAUCAUCGAUUACCUCGCCAAACACACCCCCAACUUCGACUCCACCUGGGACCGCGCCGUCGAGCGCAACUUCAACUGUGAAGACCUCCCCACCUCAGUCCAGCAAGGCCUCAUCGACAAACUCGGCUUCAUCACCCCGAUGAUCCUGGGAUUCGACAUCAAGCCCAAGAUGCUUGACCAAUUCCCGGACCACCCGGGCGGCGUUGCUCCCGUCAUGCUCAAGAGCUACUACUCCCCGCACUACACGGUCGCCCACAACUCCAUCGAAGGCGGCAACUGGACCGCCAUCCUCGACUCCGUCCACAACCUCCCGGACAUCCACACCUCCCCCAACAUCCUCACCGCGCUGCAAUGCCUAGUCGACUACGUCGCCGACAAGCCGCACUACCGCGCGGCCACCCGCUUCAUGGCCACAGAUUUCAUCGCCCCCGGCAAAGCGCGUCUCAAGAUCUACAUGCGCUACGAAGGCGACAACUUCGACGAGAUCUGGGACUACUACACGCUUGGCGGGCGGAUCCCCGGGUUGGAGUCGGACAAGGAGAUGUUGAGGAGCUUGAUCGAGUUGGCUACGGGCCGGUAUACCACGCCGCCGACGGGCGGGGACCCGGCGAGGCAGGCGCGGAUUUUGACGAAGCCUGUGGCGUUUUAUUUCUCGUUGACCCCGGAUAAGCCGUACCCGACGAGUAAGGUGUAUUACCCGCCCGCGAGGAAGGCGCCGAAUGAUUUGGUGGUGGCUAAGGGGAUUACCGAGUGGUUGGAUAAGUGGGAGUAUAAUGAUGGGAAGAUUAAGUUGGAGGAUUGGGUGCAGGCUUCUUUGCCCCACCGCAAGCUGGAGGACAAGAACGGCAUCUUCACGUUCGUCGCGUUCGGUCGCAAGGAGGGCGGCACCAAGAUUGGCACCAGCCUGGGCGUGUACUUUACCCCGGAGCUGUACGAGACCCCGCGGCUGUAG